AUGUCUGCUCCCGCCCCUACCCAGAAAGGCCCCCAGGGCAUCGACCUGAUCGGUCGCUUUGCCUUUGCCGGUGCUGUCUGCUGCUCCGUCACCCACGGUGCCUUCACUCCCGUCGAUGUCGUCAAGACGAGGAUCCAGCUUGACCCUGCCACCUACAACAAGGGCAUGUUCAAUGCUUUCCGCCAGGUCAUUAAGAACGAGGGUGCUGGUGCUCUCUUGACCGGUGCCGGUCCUACCUUUGCUGGUUACUUCGCCCAGGGUGCCUUCAAGUUCGGUGGAUACGAGUACUUCAAGGCCCAGGCGGUCAACAGCGUCGGUCUCGAGAAGGCCCGCCAAAAUCGUAUUGCCAUCUACUCUUUCUCUGCCGCCGCAGCCGAGUUCUUUGCUUCAAUCGCCCUUUGCCCUCUUGAGGCUACCCGUAUUCGUCUCGUCUCUACCCCUGGCUUUGCCAACGGUCUUAUCGGCGGCUUCAGCAAGAUCCUGAAGAAUGAGGGUGUCGGGGCGUUCUACGGUGGUUUCGGACCUAUCCUCUUAAAGCAGGUUCCCUACACCGUGACCAAGUUCGUAGCUUUCGAGAAGUUCUCUGAAAUGAUCUUCGCCCAGUUCGACAAAUCUAAGAUGUCCGACGGUGCUCAGACCGGUGUCAACCUUGGAGCUGGUCUCCUUGCCGGUUUCGCCGCUGCCAUCGUCUCCCAGCCUGCUGACACCAUGCUGUCCAAGAUCAACAAGACUAAGGCUGCCGCUGGUGAGGGUACUGUUUCCCGUCUCAUCAAGAUCGCUGGUGAGCUCGGCUUCCGUGGUGCUUUCGCUGGUCUCCCCACUCGUCUUGUCAUGGUUGGUGGUAUCACCGCUGGUCAGUUCGCCAUUUAUGGUGACAUCAAGAAGGCUCUUGGUGCUACCAACGGCACUGAGAUCGCUAAAUAA